GUUGCGAUCCAGCAACAAGCGCGCACUGCUCCUUCUGAUGACAAUGUGACAGUGAUGGAAAUGAAAACCAGCAAGCUGCAUUGAAAGAGCGCUGGUCUCAGAAGUCUUAGAAUUUGGGCAGCUUUCCCUUCUCAAACUUUUCUGCUGCUUCAUUGCCGAAUGAAGAGGAACAGAUUCGCAACAGGGCGCAGCAUCCAUCCGACAAAUUGUUCGAUUGAGCUCCUGAUCUACAAUUCGCAGGCGAUUUGCAAGUGAGCGUUCACCAAUGGAGGCUACAGUGAAACUGUCUAGAGAAUGCUUCAGUCCUCCUUUAAGUGGUCAGACCUGUUCUGGUCAGCUUUUCAAGCAAGGAAAACGCAAGUCUUGUGCAAUACUUUCUUGGGAUCACCAGAACUCAUCAAGAAAAUUGGUUGGCACAUUUUCUGGAAGAAAUGCUUCAGCACACAGCAAAGCAGACCGGCGGGAAGUGGAGCUCAAGACUGUCAAAGCGGGCGUCUUUGAAGAUCCCGGAACACACGCGCCUGACAAGAUCUGUAGCGGUUUGCCUCCAAGCCGAAGAUCAAGAGCGUUGAGAGGGGCCCGAACAAUACAGAAGGCUCAAGCCUGUGCGGAAGGUUCUUCAAGCAAUCUGCAACCAAACGAAGGCGGGUCUUCUGGCAGCAAUCGUGCGCAACCGGGGGAGCUGCCUUCGGUUUCAGGAGGGAUUCGAAGGGGCAAUGACAACGGGAAUGGAGUGACACCAGAGUCACAAGAGGAGAAGAACCAUCGAGGAAACAUCAACUGGAGAAGGCGCGCACUCCAAGCUGUGAAAGGCGACGAGGUCCAUAUUACAGCGCCUCCGCCGGACUUUGUCUCAGACCGGCCGCAGCGGCCCUUCAGGAUCUUCCUUGUGCGGCAUGGUGAAAGCGAGGGCAACGUGGACGAGAGCAUGUACACGCGCAUCCCCGACUCCAAGAUCAGCCUCACCAAGCAAGGGAAGCAUCAGGCGGAGGAGGCCGGGCGGCAGAUCCGGGAGAUCAUUCAGGCGGGACAAGCGGAGGACGACGACAACUGGAUGGUCUACUUUUACGUGUCGCCGUACCUGCGCACGCUGCAGACGCUGCGUGGCAUCGGGGCCGCGUUCGAGCGGCGGAGGAUCGCGGGGGUGCGGGAGGAGCCGCGCCUGCGGGAGCAAGACUUUGGUAACUUUCAGGACCGAGAGAAGAUGCGCGUUGAGAAGACUAUCCGGCUGCGCUUCGGCCGCUUCUUCUACCGCUUCCCGGACGGAGAGUCCGCUGCUGACGUGUACGACCGAGUGACAGGUUUCCGAGAAACAUUGCGGACCGACAUCGACGUCGGGCGGUUCCAAAAAGAGGCGAGCCGGCGCACCAACAUGAACCUGAUCCUGGUGUCGCACGGGCUGACGCUGCGCGUGUUCCUCAUGCGUUGGUACAAGUGGACCGUGGACCAAUUUCAGGCGCUGCACAACUUUGGGAACGCAGGGUUCCUCGUCAUGGAGCUAGGGCCGGGGGGGCGGUAUAGCUUAACAGCGCACCACACGCAUGAAGAACUGGCGACGUUCGGACUCUCGCCGGACAUGAUCGCCGACCAAGAGUGGCAGGUAACGGCUCGUCCGGGUGACUUGAAUUCCGAGUGGCCAACUUCGGGGCCUAGCUUUUUCGACUACUUUGAGAACCUACAGGACGGGGAUGGGCUGAAAUAUCCUGACAGAUCCCCUCAAUUCGACAAGAUAAUCCGCGAUCUGGAGUGCCCAGCAACUCGGGAAGAACUAGAAGUAAUCAAGCAAUUUCCAACGUGACACUUGCAUUUGAGUGGUAAAGUGUGCCAGAAAGUACGUGUCUUGUUGCUUUGGCCACGUCACGUGUUGUAUAUAAACAGUAGGAAGGACUUGCUGAACAAUAAGCUUUGAUUGACAGACUUUCAUUGACAUUAGUCAUCCCGUAGGUAAACGCAUAUACUAAUAAUAAGACGCGAUUGAUAAUCAGUACGUUAUUCAAUCCAUAAAUGAUUGUCUUCACAA